UAGUGCCCGGCUCUGCUCUGUGCUGCCCGGUCCUGCGGGCCGCUCGGUCCUAGACCCAGGCUGAGCAGCCGGGCUGGCAUCGCUACGGCAGCCGUCGGCGAGCAAGAGCCCCGCGGGCUGGGACCGGCAACGCCGGCGGCGGGCGCCGGAAUACCUGCCGGCAGGCCCUCCCCACUCAGAAGGUGGGUCCUCUACCCUGGUGGAAGGGAUGGAGCUCCACACCUGGCUCCCAGUUCCAUGGCGAUGUCCCCAGAGGCUGGGGAAGACCCAACGCAGCCCAAGACCCGAGACACGGCUUCCACCCCGCUCAUCUCUAAGGCCAAGCGCCUAAUAGCUGUCCCUGCCUCACCUCCUUGUGGCCAGAAGGCUCCAGCCUUAGGGGACCCCUUUCUCCUGGACCUUGGAGCUAUGACCCUUCAGAGGUGACCCAGGAAAGAAGGAAUGCAGGCCUUUGGUCCUCCAGAUGAGGGUCCCCUCCGAGGACUUGCGGACUCCCACAUUGAGAAUUAUAGGGGCCAGCAUCGGGCCUCUGCCCAGAGUACAGCUUUCAGUCUCUAUCCCCGAGGAAGCCCUGUGCUGGACCCUAGUCGCCUGCGUCUCCAGGUCUACAUCCCUUUUACCAAGAGUUCUGGCCAGGCCCGAGGCACGUCUCCCAUACGGCUCCGAGAACCAGAGCCUGAGAAGAGGCAUGGAGUCCAUCUGGGGGCUGGCCCACCUCACUCCCCCAAACUAAAGUCCCACCAGGAAGUCACCACGACCCACGAGCUGGAGAAGAGGCUGCAUAUAUUCAGCAUGUAUGGGAUACCCCGCCUGCCCCCUGAGGACCGGCAGCGCUGGGAAAUAGGAAAGAGCAGUGACAGUGGCCUGACCAUUGAGAUGUCCUGGAAGGAGCUGGUGCCUGGGCACAAGGAGAUGAGCCGGGAGCUUUGCCACCAACAGGAAGCACUGUGGGAGCUACUGACCACCGAGCUGAUCUACAUGCGAAAGCUCAAGAUCAUGACUGACAUCAGAAGGGGCAGGGUUGCUGGGAGAGGGAGGGACAGCAUACCAAGAGAUCCCCCUGAUUUGAGACCUUCACGGGAUCUUGGGCCAGAGCUCCUAGCCGCGGGUUUGCUGAACUUGCAGCGAGUGGGACUGCUGACAGAAGUAUCAGCUGAGACCCUGUUUGGAAAUGUCCCCAGCCUGAUUCGAACUCACCGGAGCUUUUGGGAAGAGGUGCUGGGGCCUGCCCUGCGGGAGACUCGAGCCUCGGGACAACCUCUGGACCCUGUCAGCCUGCAAGAUGGCUUCCUGGCGUUCAGCCAGCGGUUCCAGCCCUAUGUCCGGUAUUGCCUGAGAGUGAAGCAGACCAUGGCUUAUGCCCGGGAGCAGCAAGACAAUAACCCUUUCUUCCGUACCUUCGUGCAGUGGUGUGAGAAGCACAAGCGCUCGGGGAGGCAGAUGCUGGGUGACUUACUCAUCAAGCCGCAGCAGCGCAUCACCAAGUACCCACUGCUGCUGCGGGCUGUGCUCAAGAGGAGCCCUGAGGAACGAGCCCACCGGGCCCUGACCUCCAUGAUUGCAGCUGUGGAGUCAUUCCUGCAACACAUCAAUAAGCAGGUCCGCCAAGGUGAAGAGCAGGAUAACUUGGUGGCUGCAGUCCAGCGCAUUGGGCCCUAUGAGGUGCUGGAGCCAUCCAGCGAGGAGAUGGAGAAGAAGCUGCGUCCAUUCUCCAGCCUGGACCUGAUGUCCCCCAUGCUGGGGGUGGCUCCUGAGCACACCAGGCAGCUGCUGCUGGAGGGACCCGUGCGAGUAAAAGAGGGGCGAGAAGGGAAGCUGGACGUGUACCUGUUCCUCUUCUCUGACCUGCUCCUGGUGACAAAGCACCAACGCAAGGCAGACAAAGCCAAGGUUAUCCGGCCCCCCUUCAUGCUGGAGAAGCUUGUGUGCCAACCACUCCGAGACCCUAACAGCUUCCUGGUGAUCCACCUCACUGAAUUCAAGUGCGUCUCCAGUGCCCUCAUUGUGUACUGUCCCACUGCUACAGACUGUACCCGGUGGCUGGAGAAGACCCAGAAGGCCCAGGUCACCCUGCAAAAACUGAAGGACAAGGAGUACAUCCAACAGAAGAGGGAGCUCCUGGCCCUCUACAGGGACCAGGAUCAGGACCGGGGAUCCCAAGGCACCAGGCCCUCCACGCCUUCCCAGGAGGGCUCUCAGAGCAGCACGGAGGGGAGGACUCCUGAGUUCUCCACCGUCAUCCCCCAUCUGGUGGUGACAGAAGACACGGAUGAAGACACUCCCUCAGUAGCAGAUACCUCAGACUCGGGCUAUGGCACUCUGAUCCCAGUCUCCCCCAAGGGGCUCCACUCCCCACUGAGCCGUCUACGCCCAUGGGCCCAUUUGCGGGACCCCCACUUCACCUUCUCCACCCUGGACCUCCGGGAUGUUACUUUGCACCACCAGCUUCCUGACCCCCGAGCUCCCCAACGCCGAAGUGCCCCUGACCUGCCAGGGGAAGCUAUCCAAAGAGGAUGUAGUCUUCCCCGGGGAGAACCACCGACCUGGUCUGAGGAAGAAGAUGGGACCUCAAUGGGAGGGAACGUGGUAGUGGAAACCUUGCAUAGGGCCCAACUUCGGGGGCAGCUCCACUACUCCGCUACCCACACUGACUCUGCAGGGGAAAGCUCUUGGGCGUCCUCAGAGGAUGAGGAAGAAGAGAAGCCCAUCUUCCUGACACCCCAUCGCACCCCUGCCCCCCACCCCCACCGGACUGAGGACAUGCUCAGAGACAUCCGGGUAGAUCUGGCCAGCCAAAGGAUUGAGGACAUCGCUGAGCCUGGGGACAGCAGGCCUCGGAAGCUGACGCGGGUCCAACUGCAGAGGAUGCGUGGGCUCCACAGUAUACAGCUGGACACCCCCGUGUCCACAUCAGAAGCCUGAGGACCACUCAGACACUCAGGACUUUUGGCACUGCUCCCUGAGGAAAUCUCUCCCAAGAGUGCUGGUCACCACCCCCACCCCCGGACUCUACCUCAAGGUCCACACUCCCCACUAAGAAGCCUGGCCCAGACACCCUGUGCUUCUUGCUCUAAAAACGCUGUGGAUCAAGAGCUGUACAUUUAUGUACCGUAGACACCUGAGCCCCACAUAAAGUUGUGCAUACAAAGGACUGUCCAGUU